AAAACUUACCUCUAUCAUGUGUUUGAGCUUUCACUUAAUUUCUCAUCAAACAACUUUUCUUAUGUACUUUCGCUCUUUUUCAUAUGCAUAUAGCUAUAUGAUAUAUCUUUGAAGCUUUUUUUUAGUCACCAUAUAAACAAGCAUGAAUAUAAGUUUCCAUGAUUUACUCUUCCUUUUUCUUCUUACAAUCUUUUCCUUUUCCAUCUUAGCUUUUGGAGCCACUUUAUCCAAAGAUGAAGUGGAAGCUCUAAAAGAUAUAGCUAACACACUUGGGAAGAAAGAUUGGGAUUUCAGUGUAGAUCCAUGUAGUGGAGAACAAAAUUGGACAUCUUCUGUUCAAGUGAAAGGGAGUGAAAAUGCCGUCACAUGUAAUUGUUCCUUUGUCAACAACACUAUUUGUCAUGUCACUAACAUACUCUUGAAACAACAAAAUCUCCCGGGCACUCUUCCACCAGAAUUGAUCAGGUUGCCUCAUCUUCAAGAAAUUGACUUUACCCGCAAUUACUUGAAUGGUACAAUUCCUAAAGAAUGGGGCUCCAUGAAUCUAGUUAACAUCUCCCUCCUUGGAAAUCGAUUAACUGGUUCAAUACCAAUAGAAAUAACAAACAUAUCCACUCUCCAAAGUUUGGUAUUGGAGGCCAAUCAAUUAUCUGGCAAUCUUCCUCUUGAGCUUGGGAAUCUAACUCAGAUUCAAAGACUGUUACUUUCUUCCAACAAUUUCACUGGACAACUACCUGCUACAAUGGUCAAACUUACCACAUUGCAGGAUAUUCGAAUUUCUGACAAUCAAUUCACUGGGAAGAUACCUGAUUUUAUUCAAAGCUGGACAAGUCUACAAAAAUUAGUGAUUGAAGGGAGUGGAUUAAGUGGACCAAUUCCUUCUGGAAUUUCAAAUUUGAAAAAUUUAACUGACUUGAGAAUCAGUGAUUUAAAUGGCUCUGAACAUUCACCUUUUCCACAACUUAAUGAUAUGAACCUGAAAUAUUUGAUUCUAAGAAGUUGCAACAUCAAUGGAACACUACCUUCAUUUCUUCGGACACUCACUAGUCUAAAAAACUUAGAUCUCAGCUUUAACAAAUUGAGUGGACCAAUUCCAAGUAACUAUGAUGCCCUAAGAAAAGUGGAUUUCAUAUAUUUUACUGGAAACCGUCUCACUGGACCAGUUCCUUCAUGGUCUGAGAAAGCUGACAACCUAGAUCUUUCAUACAAUAACUUCAGUAUAAGCCAAGGGAAUCCGACAUGUCAAGAUAGAAAAGUGAACUUGUUUUCUAGUUCUUCGAGCCGCAACAACUCAGGAAUCGUUCCAUGUUCGACAGCCUUUAUGACCUGUCCUAAAACCUCAUAUGGUCUUCAUAUAAACUGUGGUGGAAAUUCGGUACAGGUAAAUGGAACAACAUAUGAUGAAGAUUUAGAUCCAGCAGGAGCAGCUAGGUUCUACCAAAGUGGAAAUAAUUGGGCAUUUAGCACCACUGGUAACUUCAUGGAUAAUGAUGUUGGAGACUAUAAUAUUUGGUCAAGUAAAUCAUCAUCACUUUCUUUGACCAAUGCUGAACUAUUCACGAAAGCAAGAGUUUCUCCCACAUCUUUGACAUAUUAUGGAUUUUGCUUGGGAAAUGGAAACUACACAGUAAAUCUACAUUUUGCAGAAAUCAUGUUUACUAAUGAUCAAACAUUUAACAGUCUAGGAAGGCGCAUAUUCGAUAUAUAUAUUCAGGGAACACUAGUACAUAAGGACUUCAAUAUUGCAAAAGAAGCAGGAGGAGUUGAUAAGGCAGUCACAAUGUCAUUCCCUGCCAUUGUGACAAAUAGCACCUUGGAGAUUCGCUUAUAUUGGGCAGGAAAAGGGACAACUAGUAUACCAUUUAGAUCGGUAUAUGGUCCUCUUAUAUCAGCUAUAUCAGUCAAAUCAGAUUUUCCACCUCCUUCUGAAAAUGGAAGCAGCAUAUCUGCAGGAGUUGUGGUUGGAAUAGUAGCUGCAGUAGCAAUUGUUAUCAUCUUAUUGUUUGGUAUACUUAGGUGGAAAGGCUGCUUAGGAAAAAAAAACUCUUUAGAAUCAGAGGUAAAGCGUUUAGACCUACAAAUGAAUUUAUUUAACCUAAGACAAAUCAAAGGAGCAACAAAUAACUUUGAUGUUGCCAAUAAGAUUGGAGAAGGAGGAUUUGGUCCAGUAUACAAGGGACGUUUAUCAGAUGGAACAUUGAUAGCAGUGAAGCAACUUUCUGCUAAAUCAAAGCAAGGGAAUCGGGAAUUUUUAAAUGAAAUCGGCAUGAUUUCGGCUUUGCAGCACCCUCAUCUUGUUAAACUCUAUGGAUGUUGUGUAGAGGGAGAUCAGUUAAUUCUAAUAUAUGAAUAUCUGGAAAAUAAUAGUCUUGCUCGUGCUUUAUUCGGGCCUCAAGAGCACCAAAUAAAAUUGAAUUGGUCAACAAGAUACAAGAUUUGUGUUGGUAUUGCUAGAGGUUUAGCGUAUCUCCAUGAAGAAUCAAGGUUGAAGGUUGUUCAUAGGGACAUUAAAGCCACUAAUGUGUUGCUUGAUAAAGAUCUUAAUCCAAAAAUAUCCGAUUUUGGUUUGGCUAAACUUGACGAAGAAGAGAACACUCACAUUAGCACUCGAAUAGCCGGAACAUAUGGGUACAUGGCUCCAGAAUAUGCAAUGCAUGGUUACUUGACUGACAAAGCAGAUGUCUAUAGUUUUGGAAUUGUGGCCUUAGAAAUCAUACAUGGAAAGAACAAUACUACUAUUCGACAAAAAGAAGAAGCAUUCCAUCUUCUUGAUUGGGCACAUCUCUUGAAAGAGAAAGGUGAUCUAAUAGAGCUAGUUGAUAAAAGAUUGGGUACAAAUUUCAACAAAGAGGAAGCAAUGGUGAUGAUAAAUGUGGCCCUCUUAUGCACUAAUGUGACUUCAAAUCUUAGGCCUGCCAUGUCUUCAGUGGUAAGCAUGCUUGAAGGUACAAUAGAUAUUCAGGAAGUGUUUACAGAGUCAAGUGAGGUAUCGGAUGAGAAGAAAAUGGAAGCAAUGAGACAAUAUUACCAAGAACAUAGCAUUCAAAUGGAAGGGCCAUGGACUGCUUCAUCUACUUCAGCAAAUGAUCUUUAUCCUGUACACCUAGAUUCUUCUUACUUGGAGAAGAGAAGUUAAAGACUAUCAAGAUAAAUUCUGUUUUUAUUAGUUAUCUUGUAAAAUUCUUUUUUUUUUUUUUUUGAGUUCCUUAUAAACAAGAUAAUAAUGCCACUAUAAAUUUUUAUUUUUUGUUAUUAGGAGUGAGUUUAAUACGUUUUCCUUUGAUAAUAGUGAGUAACUUGUAAUAUAUGACAGAUUUUGUUUGUUUCAACUAUUGAUUAAAUUUGUAAUUGUGCCUUUUAUGUUGUA